ACUCCAACUGGUAAGCAACCCACGAGCAGUAAUCGCAAUCUAGUGAACUGCUGACCUUCCAACUUGGCGAAGCAAAACCACCAGUGCCUCACCAACCUUGACGAACAGAAAGGAUAGCGAAAGUAACCACCACGCGCGACGAACAAGCCCAAGGUGUUACGUGCGCAGCGGCUGCCUCUCCCCCCUCCCAUCACGCAGAGGAAGCAGAGAGCGGGAGUGCAACCUCCACACGAUACUGCUUAGAGGAGAAGCCGUCAGCACUGCCUCGCCUCGCCCAGCAUCCCCAGUAGUGGCCAGCGAACGGGAAAAAGGAUUCCCCGUGAACCCAAGCACGCUGCGCCAAGCACACCAGAGAGCAACUCCGCACACACUACCCAGGAAUCCUCCAAAAUGGGCUCCAUCUUCAACUACAACGGGGGGUGCGUGCUCGGAAUGAGCGGCGCGCAGUGCGUGGCCAUCGCGUGCGACCUGAGGCUGGGCGCAAACAACUUCACCACAGUCAGCACCAAUUUCACGAAGAUAUUUAAAAUGAACGACUAUGUGUAUGUGGGCCUCAGCGGAUUGGCAACAGACAUACAGACGCUCUAUGAGUUGCUACGGUACCGAGUCAACCUCUACGAAAUUAGGCAAGAGACCCCGAUGGACAUUGAUUGCUUCGCAAAUAUGCUGUCUAGCAUUUUAUAUGCCAAUCGCUUUUCCCCCUACUUUGUUAACCCUAUUGUGGUUGGGUUCCGGGUUCAGCACACCCUGGACGAUGAGGGGAAGAAGGUGUGUUCCUUUGAGCCCUACCUCACUGCGUACGACUUGAUUGGCGCCAAGUGCGAGACGAAGGAUUUCGUCGUGAACGGGGUCACCAGCGAGCAGCUCUACGGGAUGUGCGAGUCGCUCUACAUAAAGGACCAGGAUAAAGACGGCCUCUUCGAAACCAUCUCCCAGUGCCUGCUGAGCGCCCUCGACAGGGACUGCCUAUCCGGAUGGGGAGCCGAAGUUUACGUUCUGACGCCCGAUACCAUCAUGAAGAAGAAACUGAAAGCACGAAUGGACUGAAGCGCCACUUUUUUACGGCCCGCAAAAAGUGCGCCUUUUUUUGUAACUCCCCUGAACGUUCAUGCACAGAUGAGAUUGGUGUACACCGCGCGGGGGUGAGAAGGCGUGUGCGCAUGUUUGCGCCUGCCCGCGCGAGCGCAUCGCUGCGCGCGGCGGCACAGACAGAUUAGGUCCCCCUCUAACACCACAAAUGAAACAAAUUAAAUUGUCACGUCGUUGC